ACGCAUUAAAAAUUGUUUCUAUUGGGUCUGGGAUCCGAAAACAUACCCACCUCCAAUCCAGCCGCUCUGUGGCCCUGCUCUGAGAGUCCGGCAGCAUCUUUAUUGGCAAGCGAUAAGUCCAAGCGGCGCUCUAUCAGCUUGAAUGGACGAACUAGUCGAACAGUCGCUGGUUGACAGCCGUGAAAAUUGGACGUGCCAGGAGAGAGCAGCUAAAGCAUCCUCGAAAAUGCAACGGCUUGUGACGAAACGCAGCUGUAGCUUAGUGCUGAGGCUUCACAAUCGCUGCCUGGCAACCACAUCCGUGGAGGACGUACUUUUUCCCACCAAGUCUGACUUUCCUAGUCGCCACAUUGGCCCACGUAAGACGGAUGUUGUUGCCAUGCUCGAUACCCUGGGCUUUAAGUCCUUGGCAGAGCUCACCGAGAAGGCCGUACCACAGAGCAUACAAUUAAAGCGGGAUCUAAGCCUAGACAAGCCUCUAAACGAGCACGAGCUGAUACGACGCAUACGUGAUAUUUCGCUCAAGAAUCAGCUGUGGCGCUCCUACAUUGGCAUGGGAUACCAUAAUUGCCAUGUGCCCCAUACGAUAGUGCGCAACAUUUUCGAGAAUCCCGGAUGGACGACACAGUACACGCCCUAUCAGCCAGAGAUUGCCCAAGGUCGCCUCGAAUCGUUGCUCAACUAUCAGACUCUUGUUUCCGAGCUCACCGGUCUGGAUGUAGCCAACGCCUCGCUGCUGGACGAAGGCACUGCUGCCGCAGAGGCCAUGUGCCUGGCCACACGACACAACAAGCGCAGGAAGCUUUACUUGUCAAACAAAGUGCAUCCGCAGACUUUGUCGGUGGUGGAGACGCGCGCUGAAGCCUUGGAGCUCGAUAUUGUUGUGGGUCCUAUCGAGCAGGCAGAUCUUCCCAGCCGCGAGCUGGCUGGCAUCCUGCUGCAGUAUCCAGAUACGUUUGGUGACGUCAAAGACUUCGAGGACAUUGCAGCUCUUGCUCGCAAAAAUGGCACGCUAGUAGUUGUGGCAACCGACUUGCUGUCCCUCACUCUGCUUCGUCCGCCUGCCGAGUUCGGUGCGGACAUCGCCAUCGGCACAUCCCAGCGCCUCGGCGUGCCCCUGGGGUAUGGCGGCCCACAUGCUGGGUUCUUUGCCUGCAAGCAGAACCUGGUGCGUCUAAUGCCAGGUCGCAUGAUUGGCGUCACCCGCGAUAUGGACGGCAACGAUGCCUAUCGAUUGGCUCUGCAAACACGCGAACAGCACAUCCGCCGGGACAAAGCCACCAGUAACAUUUGCACAGCCCAGGCGUUGCUUGCAAAUAUGUCGGCCAUGUAUGCCAUUUACCAUGGUCCGGAAGGUCUCAAGGCAAUUGCUAAUCGCAUUCACCACUUUGCGCUAACUCUGCAGACGGGUCUGCUGGAGGCUGGCCAUGAGGUAAUUAACAAAAACUUCUUUGAUACGCUACGUGUGAGGCUCUCGGCGGAUCUUUCACUGGAGGACCUCAAGGAGCGAACCGACCACAAACGCAUCAAUCUGCGUUACUUGUCCGACGGCACAGUGGGCGUGGCUCUGGACGAGACGGUUAGUGUAGCAGAUGUGAACGAUUUGUUGUGGACCUUCAAGGCACCAACAACGGUGGAGGAGCUGCUGGCACGCAAGGACGUGCUUAAAAAUUCUAUUGAGAACUCCAAGUUUCUGCGUACAUCGCCUUUCCUGCAGCAUCCCAUUUUCAACAGCUAUCACAGCGAGUCCCGCAUGGUGCGGUAUAUGAAGAAACUGGAGAACAAGGACAUUUCACUGGUGCACUCCAUGAUACCACUAGGCUCCUGCACCAUGAAACUCAACUCAACGACCGAGAUGAUACCCUGCUCGUUCCGCCAUUUCACAGACAUCCAUCCCUUUGCACCCGUUGAGCAAGCUCAGGGUUUUCAUCAAAUGUUCAAGGAACUGGAGAAGGAUCUGUGUGAAAUCACCGGCUAUGAUAAUAUAUCUUUUCAACCUAACUCUGGCGCUCAGGGCGAGUACGCUGGCUUGCGUGCUAUUAGGAGCUACCAUGAGCACCGCAGCGAAGGCCAUCGCAACAUCUGCCUGAUUCCUGUUUCCGCGCACGGUACGAAUCCAGCUUCUGCUCAAAUGGCCGGCAUGAAGGUGGAGCCAAUACGCAUCCUCUCAAAUGGCUCCAUUGACAUGGCUCAUCUACGCGAUAAAGUUGAGGAGCACGCCCACGAGCUAUCCUGCCUGAUGAUUACGUAUCCUUCCACCAUGGGAGUUUUUGAAGAAACAGUUGCGGAUAUUUGCACAUUGGUGCACAAGCAUGGUGGUCAGGUGUAUCUAGACGGAGCCAACAUGAACGCCCAGGUGGGUCUGUGUCGGCCAGGCGACUAUGGCAGCGACGUGUCCCAUCUGAAUCUGCACAAGACUUUCUGCAUUCCACAUGGCGGUGGAGGUCCUGGUAUGGGUCCAAUCGGUGUCAAAGCACACUUGGCACCGUAUUUGCCUGGACACCCUGUCAUCAGUCCACUUAGCAGCGAGGAGCACAGCUUUGGUGUCGUUUCCGCAGCGCCCUUUGGCAGCUCGGCAAUUCUCCCUAUCUCAUGGUCAUACAUAAAGCUCAUGGGUAGUCGUGGCUUGAAAAGAGCCACUCAAGUUGCUAUUCUUAACGCAAACUACAUGUCCAAGCGCUUGGAGGAGCACUACAAAACACUCUACAAGGCGGAGAACUCACAGCUGGUGGCCCAUGAGUUCAUACUCGACAUACGAGAUCUUAAGAAGUCGGCCAACAUUGAGGCAGUCGAUGUGGCUAAGCGGCUAAUGGACUAUGGUUUCCAUGCCCCGACUAUGUCGUGGCCCGUGGCCGGCACGCUGAUGAUCGAGCCAACUGAGUCCGAGGACAAGGAGGAGUUGGAUCGCUUUUGCGACGCGAUGAUAUCCAUACGAGAAGAGAUUACCGAAAUUGAGGAAGGACGCAUGGACAAAACCGUCAAUCCGCUCAAAAUGGCCCCGCACACACAGGCCCAGGUCAUUUCGGAUAAGUGGAACCGCCCCUACACACGUGAGCAGGCUGCCUUCCCAGCUUUGUUUGUGAAGCCCGAUGCAAAAAUUUGGCCUACUGUGGGAAGAAUCGACGAUGCCUACGGCGACAAGCAUUUGGUAUGCACGUGUCCUCCCAUCCUGCCAGACCUGUAAUCAAAUUGAAUAGACUCUACCUUAAUAAGGAAAUAAACCUGUAUAAAUACUAACGGCCCAUUACCCGGCUUUGCCCAGGCUAAGUUUUUUUCUUCAUUCUAUGCAUCACAAUUAAAUUAUUUUGUAGUUAAAAUCAUGAAAGCACGUCUAUUAACCCUUGCAGAUAUAUGUAUAUCUUAGAAAGUUUUUGUACUGACGCUUUAUUGCCGAAUGAUUGUUCCCAUUCAAAAACAAAAGGACACAGAAAAGGCUUAAAACCCCUAUUGCAUACAAAGAGAAUUGCCAUACAGUCUGAUUAACUACAUCGCCUCGGGUAUUGAUUCUGUUCAAGAAUACAUACAUUUCUAUUUCGAAGUGUUUCACAUUGGGUGACAAUAUUGUAAUAUCCUCUGCAAAGUAUGACAAUGUUCAAGUGGGUCAAAUGAAAGAAAAAUAAGCAAACUAUUCUCGCUCAUGCCUCUUGGCCGCGAAGGGACUAUUGAAAAUUGGUAAAACACGUAUUCUAGUUCUUAUGCAAUAAGUUUUUAAAAUAGAUUUAAGGCCAAUCUGACUAAACAGGAAUAAUGCCCAUACACCAAGGAGGGAUCAAUUAUCGAACAUUUUGAAAUAUAUUCAUUUUUAAAAAGAUCUUUCAAAAUGAGUUUGAAACUUUUUGGAUGGUAAAGAUACAAAUUUUAUACAUACAUAUGCUUUCUACCAAUUUAUCACAGUUGCGGAUGAAAUUUUCGAAGACCCGCAAUUGUAGCCCGAAGAGUAAAUCCAGUUACAAUUUGUACUUCCUAACUCAUACAGUUUGGGUCGUGUGCUAGAAUAAUAAUAAGUCUGGACAAUUUUAUAUACAUAUAGAUAUGGAAAUUUUAUCACAUGUAUAUUCGCUAUUUGUCAUGCGAAACA